AUGCUACCGCCAGAGCUGAAUGGAGUCUGCCCUGCUGAGGGAGACAGCUACGUUGUGCAUCCCAAGAUCUGCGACCUCGAAAUGGUUCCCAACCUCAGACGCAGCAAUAGUGGCUUCUGUAAGAGCAAGAGGAAGGCUCACUUUGCCACUGGCAAUAAUGAAAAGGAGAAUCUCAGCUCGUGGAUUCCUGAAAACAUCAAGAAGAAGGAGUGUGUGUACUUUGUUGAAAGUUCCCAAAUGUCAGAUACUGGCCAAUGGCCGAUGGGCAAGCUGGGCAGGAGAUAUAACCUCCCUAGGAGCUGGUGUUGGGCAUUUUCAAAGAGGGUCAUGUGUGAGUGUGGUUACCCCAGGGAACAGCACCUGGAAGAGGCUACAAAGUCAUCUGUUUUCCUGGGGAAAGAAUGGGACCCCAAGAGGCACAUCCAAGAAAUGCCGACGGACGCGUUUGGUGAUAUCAGCUUUGCAGGUCUGGGACCAAAGGUGGGAAAGUAUGUGCGCGUCUCGGCGGACACCCCUCCAUGCAUUAUCUACCAGCUGAUGACUCAGCAUUGGGGCCUCGAUGUGCCCAACCUGCUCAUCUCUGUGACUGGGGGAGCUAAGAACUUCAACAUGAUGCCAAGGCUGAAGAAUGUCUUCCGACGGGGGCUGGUCAAGGUGGCCCAGACAACAGGUGCCUGGAUCAUAACAGGUGGGUCCCACGCCGGUGUGAUGAAGCAGGUGGGAGAAGCUGUGAGAGACUUCAGCAUGAGCAGCAGCUGCAAAGAGGGCGAAAUUGUCACCAUCGGCAUAGCCACCUGGGGGACCGUGUACAACCGUGGCAGCCUCAUCUGCCCCAUGGGUGGCUUCCCGGCUGAGUACGUGCUGGAUGAGGAGAGCCAGGGGAACCUGUCCUGCCUGGAUAGCAACCACUCCCACUUCAUCCUGGUGGAUGACGGGACCCAUGGCAGAUACGGUGUGGAGAUCUCCCUGAGGACCAGACUGGAGAAGUUCAUUUCCGAGCAGACUAAGGUGAAAGGAGGAGUCGCCAUCAAGAUCCCGAUCGUCUGUGUAGUGUUGGAGGGAGGACCCGGGACACUCGAUACAAUCUACAAUGCGAUCACCAAUGGCACCCCAUGCGUGAUAGUGGAGGGGUCCGGGCGUGUGGCCGAUGUCAUUGCACAGGUGGCCAAUCGGCCUGUUCCAGAGAUAACCAUCUCCUUGAUCCAGAAGAAACUGAGCAUCCUCUUCCGGGACACCUACGAGCUCUUCACCGAGGGCAAGAUCGUGGAGUGGACCAAAAAGAUCCAAGACAUAGUGCGGAGCAGGCAGCUCCUGACCAUUUUCCGGGAGGGCAAAGAUGGCCAGCAAGAUGUGGACGUGGCCAUUCUUCAGUCACUGCUCAAAGCCUCCCGAAACCGCGUCCACUUUGGCCACGAGAACUGGGACCACCAGCUGAAGCUGGCAGUGGCCUGGAACAGGGUGGACAUUGCUCGCAGCGAAAUCUUCACAGAUGACCAUGAAUGGAAGCCUGCAGAUCUGCACCCCGUGAUGGCCGCCGCCCUGAUCGCCAACAAGCCGGACUUCGUGAAGCUGUUCCUGGAGCAGGGCGUGCGCCUGAAGGAGUUCGUCACCUGGGACACCCUGAUCUACCUCUACGAGAACAUGGCGCCCUCUAGCCUCUUCCACGGCAAGCUGCAGAAGGUGCUGGUGGAGGAGAAGGAGCGCUCGGCCUUCUCCAAGGUGCCGGGGAUCCAACUGCACCAUGUGUCCCAGGUGCUGAGGGAGCUACUGGGCGACUCCACGCAGCCGCUGUACCCGAAGCCCAAGCACGCCGAGCGGCACCGGCUCUCCAUCGCCGUCCCGCACAUCAAGCUCAACGUGCAGGGAGUGAGUCUCCGCUCCCUCUACAAGCGCUCAGCCGGCCGGGUCACCUUCACCAUGGACCCAGUCAGGGACCUCCUCAUUUGGGCUAUUGUCCAGAGUCGCAAGGAGCUGGCAGAAAUCAUCUGGGCCCAGAGCCAGGACUGCAUUGCGGGGGCUCUGGCCUGCAGCAAGAUCCUGAAGGAGCUGUCCAAGGAGGAGGACGACACAGACAGCAUGGAGGAAAUGCUGACCCUGGCAGAAGAGUAUGAGCACCGAGCCAUCGGCGUAUUCACAGAGUGUUACCGCAAGGACGAGGAGAGAGCCCAGAAGCUCCUCAUCCGCGUCUCGGAGGCCUGGGGCAAAACCACCUGCUUACAGCUGGCGCUGGAGGCCAAGAACAUGAAUUUUGUGUCCCACGGAGGCAUCCAGGCCUUUCUGACAAAAGUCUGGUGGGGGAAGCUGUGCGUGGACAACGGGCUCUGGAGGGUGAUCCUGUGCAUGGUGUUCUUCCCCCUCAUCUACACCAGCUUCGUCACCUUCAGGGAGAAGAGGCUGCAGCCCAUGAGCUGCCUGACACGCACCCGCGCCUUCUUCACGGCCCCCGUCGUCAUCUUCCACCUGAACAUCCUCUCCUACUUCAGCUUCCUCUGGCUCUUCGCCUACAUCCUGAUGAUCGACUUCCAGGCGACGCCGUCCUGGCGGGAGUACGUCAUCUAUUUUUGGCUCUUCUCCCUGGUGUGCGAGGAGACCCGCCAGCUCUUCUAUGACCCCGAUGGCUUUGGGUUACUGAAAAUGGCUUCCUUGUACUUCAGUGAUUUCUGGAACAAACUGGAUGUUUGUGCCAUCUUGAUCUUUAUAGCAGGGCUGAUCUGCCGAUGGAUCCCAUCCACUUUAUAUCCAGGACGGAUCAUAUUGUCUCUGGCUUUUAUUAUUUUCUGCUUGAGGCUGAUGCACAUUUUCACAGUCAGUAAAACUCUGGGGCCCAAGAUCAUCAUAGUGAAGAGAAUGAUGAAGGACGUCUUCUUCUUCCUCUUCCUCUUGGCUGUCUGGGUUGUAUCCUUCGGCGUAGCCAAGCAAGCUAUCCUGAUCCAUAACGAGGAGCGUGUGGACUGGAUCUUCCGGGGCGUCGUCUACCAUUCCUACCUGACGAUUUUUGGGCAGAUCCCUUCCUACAUCGACGGGGUAAACUUCAAUCUGGAUCAGUGCAGCCCGAAUGGAACAGACCCCUACAAGCCCAAGUGCCCUGAGAGCAAUAAGGACAAGCGGCCCGUCUUCCCCGAAUGGCUGACAGUCAUCUUGCUCUGCCUGUAUCUGCUCUUCACAAACAUCCUCCUCCUCAACCUACUCAUCGCCAUGUUCAACUACACGUUUCAGCAGGUGCAGGAGCACACCGACCAGAUCUGGAAGUUCCAGCGGCACGACCUGAUUGAGGAGUAUCACGGCCGGCCUGCUGCUCCCCCGCCCUUCAUCCUCUUCAACCACUUGCAGCUCUUUGUCAAGAGGGUCCUGCUCCGGCAGCCGGCCAAGCGGCACAAACAGCUCAAAGAAAAGCUGGAGAAGAACGAGGAAGCGGCCCUUCUCUCCUGGGAGACGUACCUGAAGGAGAACUACCUGCAGCACCAGCAGUGCCGGGAGAAGCAGAACAUGGAGCAAAAGAUCCGAGAUGUCGCACAGAGGGUGGACGUAUUGGUGGAGUUGCUGGAUUUAGAUCGGGUGAAGAGGACCGGUCUGGUGGAGCAGAGGCUGACUGGUCUGGAAGAGCAGAUGUCCCAGACUGCCAAGACCCUGGCCUGGAUCGUGCGGGCCCUGCGUGGGAAUGGAUUUGGUUCAGAGGAGGACAUGCCCACCAUGGUCCCCAGCAAAGCCCCGGAGCUGAAGGAGUACGGCUCAGAGGAGAAGCCAGAGGAGACGACGGCUCUGUACCAUGUGAGCGCCCGCAACCUCCUCUAUCCCAGCUCCUCCACAGUCCGUUUCCCGGUGCCGGACGAGAAGGUGCCCUGGGAGGUGGAGUUCCAGAUCUAUGACCCUCCCUUCUACACAGCAGACAGGAAGGAGGUGGCUGCAAGCGAUCCUCUCAGAGACUCCCUGGAAGCUCUUUCGAAGAUAAACUACAAUGCGAUGGAUGGACUGAUCAACCGACAGAGCUUCCACGGCACGUAUGCUGUCCAGAACAGGCUGCCACUGAAUCCUAUGGGCAGGACGGGGUUACGAGGCCGAGGAAGCCUACGCUUCUUUGGACCGAACCGUGCGCUGCACCCCAUAGUGACGCGCUGGAGAAGGAAUAUGGAUGGAUCCAUUUAUAGAAAGAGCCUAAAGAAAAUGCUGGAGGUCUUAGUUGUCAAGUCUCCUGUGUCAGAUCACUGGGCUCUGCCAGGGGGAUCACUGGAGCCAGGGGAAUCGCUGCCACUGAAGCUGAAGCGGGUCCUGAGGAGGGAGUUCUGGCCACAGUUCCAGAACCUGCUGAACCAAGGUGCAGAGGUAUACAAAGGCUACGUCGAUGACCCCAGGAACACGGACAAUGCUUGGAUCGAGACAGUGGCCAUCAACAUGCACUUUGAAGAUCAGAGCGACGUGCAGAUGAAGCGGCUGAACUCGUUUCUCCAGGGCAGCGACCCAGAGCCAUGUGUCUGGUGGCAGCUGGUGGACAAGAGAAUUCCGCUGUACGCAAACCACAAGGAACUGCUGCAGAAGGUGACUGCUCUUUUGGGGGCCUAUUACUGA